AAUAUUGUGAAGAAUUGUUCUUUUUCCUGCCUUAAAUAAUGGUUUACUGAAUUAUUAUAGUUGAAACAACUAAGAUUUAUAAUUUUAAUUAGUAUUUAAAUUAAAAAGCGCUGCAACUGAUUAUAUUGAUUGCAUUUCCCGGGGGAAGGGACUACGGCGCAUGCUUGAAUAUUUGUCGGAAAAUUUACGACAGCGGCUGCAAAGGUAUUGUUACUCUUGUGACUGAACUAUCAAUCUGCUAAAAUGGGUAAGGAGAAGACUCAUAUCAACAUCGUCGUGAUCGGGCACGUGGACUCCGGCAAGUCGACCACCACCGGCCACCUCAUCUACAAGUGCGGCGGCAUCGACAAGCGAACCAUCGAGAAGUUCGAAAAGGAGGCCCAGGAAAUGGGCAAGGGCUCCUUCAAGUAUGCCUGGGUAUUGGACAAGCUGAAAGCGGAGCGCGAGCGCGGUAUCACCAUCGACAUUGCUCUGUGGAAGUUCGAGACGGCCAAGUACUACGUCACCAUCAUCGACGCUCCCGGACAUAGGGACUUCAUCAAGAACAUGAUUACCGGCACAUCGCAGGCGGACUGCGCGGUGCUGAUCGUGGCGGCGGGCACGGGCGAGUUCGAGGCGGGCAUCAGCAAGAACGGGCAGACGCGCGAGCACGCGCUGCUCGCCUUCACGCUGGGCGUCAAGCAGCUCAUCGUCGGGGUCAACAAGAUGGACUCCACCGAGCCACCCUACCACGAGGCGCGCUACGAGGAGAUCAAGAAGGAAGUCUCCUCCUACAUCAAGAAGAUUGGAUAUAACCCGGCGACCGUGGCGUUCGUGCCGAUCUCGGGCUGGCACGGCGACAACAUGCUGGAGCCCUCAGACAAGAUGCCCUGGUUCAAGGGGUGGACCAUCGACCGCAAGGACGGCAAAGUCGAGGGCAAGUGCCUCAUUGAGGCUCUGGACGCCAUCCAGCCCCCCUCGCGGCCGACCGAGAAGCCGCUGCGGCUGCCGCUGCAGGACGUGUACAAGAUCGGCGGCAUCGGCACCGUGCCCGUCGGCCGCGUAGAGACCGGCAUACUCAAGCCCGGUAUGGUGGUGGUGUUCGCUCCGGCCGCCAUCACCACCGAGGUGAAGUCUGUGGAGAUGCACCACGAGGCGCUGCCCGAGGCCAUGCCCGGAGACAACGUGGGCUUCAACGUCAAGAACGUGUCCGUGAAGGAAUUGCGUCGCGGCUACGUCGCCGGAGACUCCAAGAACUCUCCGCCCAAGGGCGCUUCCGAUUUUACAGCUCAGGUGAUCGUGCUGAACCACCCGGGGCAGAUCAGCAACGGGUACACGCCGGUGCUGGACUGUAUGAAGAAACUUGAAACUCAUUUUAAGCUAAAUGUAUCUUUGUAA